CGCCUGUGCCUUUGCUCUGCUAGUCCGGGAAGUCCGGGGCGGACGAGCAGAAAGCCCUAGCGUCCAGGCCGGCUCCCUGAAGCAAACCCAGUGGCCUGGACGUCCCUGAUAAUUACUGUUGUUGUUCAUACUGCGAACACGAAAUUCUGUCCCAGGGCCUGCUCCCCCGCCCGCCCCACCUGCUCCUCCUUCCUGUUGUAACAUGUCUUUAGUGAGCCUGCGACCUCAUUACCAAGGGUGCUAGAGUUCGCAUUCAGCCACCAUGGGGAAUGGGAUGAACAAGACACAGUUUAUGGAAGAACUACUGUGUGAUUUAGGCCUGCAUAUCUGAGGCUUUUGGAUCCUGCCUGGCCUAUACAUCGGCAACUUCAAAGAUGCCAGAGAUGCAGAGCAACUGAGCAAGAACAAGGUGACACAUAUUCUGUCUGUCCAUGAUAGUGCCAGGCCUAUGUUGGAGGGAGUUAAAUACCUGUGCAUUCCAGCAGCGGAUUCACCAUCUCAAAACCUGACAAGACAUUUCAAAGAAAGUAUUAAAUUCAUUCAUGAGUGCCGACUCAGGGGUGAGGGCUGUCUUGUACAUUGCCUGGCUGGUGUCUCCAGGAGCGUGACUCUGGUGAUUGCAUACAUCAUGACCGUCACCGACUUUGGCUGGGAGGAUGCCCUGCACACUGUGCGUGCAGGGAGGUCCUGUGCCAACCCCAACCUGGGCUUCCAGAGGCAGCUCCAGGAGUUUGAGAAGCAUGAAGUCCACCAGUACCGACAGUGGCUGAAGGAAGAAUAUGGAGAGAGCCCUUUGCAGGAUGCAGAAGAAGCUAAAAACAUUCUGGGUAAAUAUAAAGAGCAAGGGCGUGUGGAGUCCCAGCCUGGUACAAGGCGAUGGAGCAGCUUUCAGACCUUGCCUCCUCUGACCUACAGCAACUAUACAACAGAGACCUAAUACCAGAGUGAUCUGGUACCUGCAUUUCCAUCCCUUUUCUUCAGUGCAUUUCUUCUGAGUGCCCUGGAGUACUGACUGCCCCAUGGAGGACAGGAGAGGGAGGGUGGCCAAGUGGAUCCAGGCUCCUUCUCCAUCUCCAGCCUUGCCCCAGACCCCUUCACUCUCCCAGCUCCUGCCCUACCUGAGCUUGGGGAGUCUGCUUGGCUGCCCCAUACCAACUCAUGUGUGCACCUGUGUGCAGGCAAGUGUGCAUGUGUGCCCAUGCAUGUGAAUGUUUAUAUUGCAGCAACAAAAUCCAUGCUGCCAGCCUUGGUAUCACCACCCUUCCUUUUUCCAGACUCCACAUGGAAGUUAACAUUUUAAAAGCUUCUCAGCCAGAAGCAGUCUGUGGCUGUGAGCAGACAAUCUAGGGUCAUCAUGGUGAGGGCACCAGGAGGCCAGACUUCCUUCUGAGUGUUGUUCCAGGGACCCUAGAAGGGAGAAAAGGGGUGCUCUGAGCAUUGCCUCAAUCUUAAUGAAAGUGCCCCCAGGAUGUGGCUCCUACCACCUCAAGUCAAGACCCCCUUCUCAGCCCAUCAUAUCCCUGAGUUCUACUUGGUGUUUGUUCUUGGCAGCACUGACAAUAUUUUAGUUCCAUGGGGAACACAACCACUUCAGCCCAGGCUGUAUGCCCAGAGGGCCCUUCCUUUAUAUUCCUGUCCAGCUUCACUUGUCUCUCAACCUCUUGUUCUCUUGCUGUUACAACUCUUUACAACAUUUGCAUGUAUCUUCAGGAAUUGGAAAGAGCAUUUAUUAGGCAUUGUAGCAAGUUUGCAUUUAAAAAUACAUUUUUAAAUGCCUGAGCACUUAUUAAGCACCUUUAUGUAUGCUGUGUUUGAUAUUUGAUUCUCAGCUACCUCAUUAAAUGUUUUUUGAGAAGGUGUUUUCAUUAUUGUAAUCAACUCAUAGUUGAAAAUAUUUGGUCAUGAUUGCUUUUAAAGCCAAAGUGCAAAAGUUCCAAUAAUGCUUUCCAGUGGGUAAAAUUUCACAUUCAGUCCAAGGCCAGCAGUGCUGGAGAGCACCUGCAGUUUGUAGUGUGGGGCAGCAGAAUCCUACAAUGCUGUGAGCAACCUCCUGGUCUAGUCUUUUAUACCACCUCAAAUUGUUGAAGCACACAAAGCCACAAGAAUGAAAAAGUAACUUGGCCUCUCCCAUAAAAGAUGUUGCAACCCAGUUUCUCCAAAUUCUACCAACAACAGAGCCCCUGAAUAAGAAGUGCAGUCUUCCUGUGCAUAUAGAAGGUAUGUCACAGGUGAGCUCUUUGGAGACCAGAGAAAAAAACUCUACAUACCCACAUAGGCCCCAGAUACACACUGGUAAAGGGAAGCAUGGCCAUUGAGUUUUCUAUCUAGAGCUGAAACAAUUUGCCAAUAAGGUACAUUUUUUUUCUUAAACUAAAAAGGAAUAUAAAUAUGUUCACAGAAAUAGUAUUUAGGGUAUCAGCUGUAAUCCUUAAAUAUGUGUGUACAUUUAUAAACAUUUAAAUAUAUUCCUGUAGGUCUUAAAAUGUUGCUUUAAUAUUUGUUGCCAGUAAUAUUCUUUCUCCACAGCCACUCCAAGAAUUCUGAAGUACUGGGCGUUUCUCAGAAGACUGUAAUAUACCUGAAGUUUCUGAAAUAUUGCAAAGCCAUAGAGCUUAAGUCUGGUACUGCCAAAAAGAAAAGCAACCUAGAGUUUAUUUUUAAGUAUCCAGAGUGAUUUGUAAACUUGUUUCUUAUUUUAAAUUGACUACAUGUGUGAUGGUGUUAUAUGUUGAGAACUAAAGAUACUCUUUAGCAAGAGAAAAUAUUUUUACCUUACUUCCAAUGCUGCAGAAAUUUCUUUAACCUUAACUUGGAUGUUUAAGCAAUCUUAAGAACUCUGGUGCACUGCUUUGGUUACUGUUUAGUAAUCAUGAUUGCUUCUAAUGAGAAUUGUGCUAUGUAAACUCUG